CUGCUGCUGCUCCUGUGUCCGGUGCCUGGCGCGGGGGUGCUCCCAGGAGACACCCCUGGAGAGCCAGUCACCCCCCACUGGAUCCUGGAUGGACCACCCUGGUGCACUGUCACCCUGGAGGAACCGGGCUCGAGGCCAGAUGUGGGGCUGGUGACCUUGGAGGCUGAAGGCCAGGAGCUCCUGCUUGAGCUGGAGAAGAACCCCAGGCUGCUGGCCCCAGGAUACACAGAAACCCACUACGGCCCAGAUGGGCAGCCAGUGGUGCUGUCCCCCAACCACAUGGACCAUUGCCACUACAGUGGGCACGUGAGGGGCUUCCCUGACUCCUGGGUAGUCCUCAGCACCUGCUCUGGGAUGAGUGGCCUGAUUGUGCUCAGCAGCAAUGCCAGCUAUUAUCUGCAGCCCGUGCCACCUGGGGACUCCAAGGACUUCUCAACCCACAAGAUUUUCCGGAAGGAGCAGCUGCUCACCUGGAAAGGGGCCUGUGGCUACAGGGACUCCAAGGACAAAGGGGCCUUGGCCAGCCUUCCUCGUGCUCCCCAGAACAGGGUCAGGCGGGAGGCCCGCAGAAGCCCGAGGUACCUGGAGCUCUACAUAGUGGCUGACCACGCCCUGUUCUUGACCCAGCACCGGGACUUGAACCACACCAAACAGCGUCUCCUGGAGGUCGCUAACUACGUGGACCAGGACCACUCGGAGCUCCCCAUGGGCGCCGCAGCCACCAUGGCCCACGAGAUAGGCCACAGCCUUGGCCUCAGCCACGACCCCGACGGCUGCUGCUUGGAGGCCUUGGCCGAGCAGGGCGGCUGCGUCAUGGCCACGGCCACUGGGCACCCGUUCCCGCGCGUGUUCAGCGCCUGCAGCCGCCGCCAGCUGCGCGCCUUCUUCCGCAAGGGCGGCGGCGCGUGCCUCUCCAAUGCCCCGGGUCCCGGGCUCCAGCUGCCGCCGGCACGCUGCGGGAACGGCUUCGUGGAGGACGGCGAGGAGUGCGACUGCGGCCGCGGCCAGGAGUGCCAGGACCUCUGCUGCUUCGCUCACAACUGCUCGCUGCGCGCGGGGGCCCAGUGCGCCCACGGGGACUGCUGCGCGCGCUGCCUGCUGAAGCCGGCGGGCGCGCUGUGCCGCCAGGCCACGAGCGACUGUGACCUCCCAGAGUUCUGCACAGGCGCCUCCCCACGCUGUCCCCCGGACGUUUAUCUCCUGGAUGGCUCGCCCUGCGCCGGAGGCCGCGGCUACUGCCGGGAUGGCGCGUGUCCCACGCUGGAGCAGCAGUGCCAGCAGCUCUGGGGCCCUGGCUCCCGCCCAGCCCCAGAGGCCUGUUUCCAGGUGGUGAACUCCGCGGGAGACGCCCGUGGGAACUGUGGCCAGGACAGUGAGGGCCGCUUCCUGCCGUGUGCAAAGAGGGAUGCUGUAUGUGGGAGGCUGCAGUGCCAGGGCGGAGAGCCCAACCCACUUGCCCCACACACGGUGCCCAUGAACUCCACCACUCUCCUGGGUGGCCAUGAAGUGACCUGCCGGGGAGCCUUUGCACUCCCUGGUGCCCAGCUGGACCUGCUUGACUUGGGUCUGGUAGAACCCGGCACCCUGUGUGGACCUAGAAUGGUGUGCCAGAACAGGCGCUGCCAGAACGCUACCUCCCAGGAACUGGAGCGCUGCCUGACUGCCUGCCACGGACAGGGGGUUUGCAAUAGCAACCAUAACUGCCACUGUGCUCCGGGCUGGGCUCCACCCUUCUGUGACAAGCCAGGCUUUGGUGGCAGUGUGGACAGUGGCCCUGUGCAGCCCGAAAACCAUGACAUCUUCCUGCUGGCCAUGCUCCUUAGCUUCCUGCUGCCUCUGCUCCCCGGGGCCGGCCUGGCCUGGUGCUGCUACCGGCUCCCAGGAGCCCAUCUCCCUCAGUGCUGGAGAAGUGACCCCGCAUGCAGUGGGCCCAAAGAAGGCCCAUGCAGGGACCAUGCCCUGGGCAGUGUUCACCCCAUGGAGUUGCGCACCAUAGCCACGGAUGAGCCGGGCCCUCGGGGACUCCUGCCGACUGUGUUCACAGCAUUCAUGCUCCGUCGUUGCUUCCAGACCCUGAGAACUCUGCCAGAGUCCAGCAGCCACCCUGAGAAGCCUGUGUCCUGCAGCCCCGCCUGACCCCCAAGCAGGUCAAGUGCAGAUGCUACAGUCCAGUCUCUGGUGAGAAGUGCUCCUGGAAUGAGAAGACUUAAAGGCACGUGGCCACUGAGAGCCACUCCAGGAACUCAGACCCCCAAGGGCAGAGCCAGUGAAGCCCUUCCUGCACCUUCAGUCACCUUGGAAGUUUCUUCUAGUUGAUCUCCAGCCCACCCACUCCAGGACCCCAGAGCCUCAUCAGAAGUUUCCCAGGGGAGUCCCCAGCCCUGAGAGUACACCUCCAGCUCCAUAAUCCGUCAGCCCCAGGAGCAAAGGUCAUCUAGUCCCUGAUGUCCCUCACUAGGGGAGGCUGGGUUGUGCUGGGCAACCAGAGAGGCCUCUGUCCUGGGAACCUGGUAUGUCUCUUCCCCUGGAUCCAGCUCUGUGGAAGGCAGUAACUGCUGGCCAGAAGCUAGAACUCCUGGGACUUCAUGUUUUUACUGAGUCCAUACUCCCCUGAACCCUGGCCCCUGCAAACACACACACACACACACACAAACAAAAACGUUGGGACCUUUUUUCUUGUCUCUUCUUGCCCUGUCUUAUCCCCUAGAUGCUUUCUCAGUCCUCACUCCCACUCCUAGUGCUCCACCUGAGGUUCUGGGGGAAUGAUGCAGCUCCCUUGCUAUGAACAUGACUCAACCUCCCCCACCCUCCGUGGGAGGGGCCCGAGGGAGUCAUUGAGUUAAAGAUACCAGAAUAGAAGCCAAAAGGAAGACAUGAUGCCCUUGGACCUUUGUGAGUUUUUUCUGCCUAUAAAUCCAACCACAUGGGGUACACUGAGGGCCACAGGGGAUGGUAGCUGGUGGGUGGAGCCUCGGAUGGCAGCUAGGACCCCAAGCAUGUGUCUGGGCACAGGACAGUGUUGCAUACCUUGAAUACCCCCUUUGCCCUGACUCUCUUGUUUCCCUGGGACAUUCUUGUUCUGUUGCUUCAUGUAAGAGUUGCAAAGUGACCUGCGUUAGCCUACUGAGAGAGCCGUAGGUGACCUCUAGGUGUCUAGAUUGGUACCUGGCUCUGGGUUAAUUUAGGGUUGGGGAAAUAUGCUCAGUAAAGGAGGUGCGGUUGAGGUAUGGAUCCAAGGUUGGUUGUGUUCCAUAUGAAAGGCAUGAGUUGUGUAUUAUCCCUAGGAAUCAGCAGUUUCUCACAGCCAGCAAGCUGCCCCCCACCACAAGAUGUUAAACCAUCACGGAGGACAUGAAAAGCAUAUUUCCCACAUGCUCACCCUUCAGGACCCCACAGGACUCUAGCUACAAAGGUCCCUAGGGGAGGCUACACUCUGCCCUCUUGACAACUACCUAAGACUGCCCAGCCCCACCUUCCCCAUUCGUGAAGAACAAUGGGAAGGAAAGGGGGCCAUGGAAGAGAAAUCCCAGUCUAGGGGGAGGGGCAUGACUGGAGCCCAGAAUCGCCUGGCUCAUGGAGAACUGGAGAAAAGGGACUUAGGAGAACAGAGCUGGCAACAGGCCAAUAGUAGGAGCGUGAAGGGCGCAGGAGGGGAGUCAAGUAACCUAGAACUGAGCAGGGGCUGCUGAGGAGCUGAGCAGUCAUCAGGCUGGGGGGUGGCGAGUGCGCUCAACUCAGGUGACACCCUCUCUUUGGCCAUCCAGCUGCCAACUACUUGGGGCGGCCCCUGGGGCGACUGUCCUUCCUCUGACACUCUGCGGUGUGUGGUCAUCUCUCAACCCUUCCUCCUCCCUCCCCAUCCUCCCAUCAUGAGGCCCUUGGCCCCGAAGAAGGGAGUUGCCCGCAGACAGGUGGGAGAAUGUGCCUGCCCUGUGUGGCCGGAGCUUGGGCCUGAGUUUCCUUCCCUCCCCCCUCUCUUUUCCCAAGCACCAGUACAAAAGGAUGUUGCAGAAUUAAACCACCUGCAGUGGCAUGGUUUGCCUUUCAAUUCAGUGGCCAUGGCUAUCAGCACUGUGGCCGCCUCCUGAUGAAACAAAUGAGGAAGCAAGCAACCACAAACCACAGACUGAUGUAUGAUCACAGCCAAGGGCAGCCAGGCUGAUUGUGGCUCUCAGAUUAUACUUUGAAUGCCUGGGUUUUGAAGGUCUGUAGAUGAACCUCUGGAAUGAUUGAGGAAAAAAAGAGAAGGAACAAAUCAAUAACAUCACGAAUAAAAACGAGCAUACAUGAAGACAUAGCAGAGAUUUCCUAUAUACUAAGAAAAUGAUAUAUCAUUAUGCAAAUAGAUUUGAGAAAGGUGAAAAACACAAAUUCCUAGAAAAAUAGAACCGACCUACUGCAGUGUUAUAAUACAUAUAUACUGAUUUUCAGCCAUGGCUCCUGGCUUCUGCUCCCAUAGUCUUUAUUAUAAUGUUGGGACACUUGAGGUCUCAGGAAACAGAAUCUCUUUCUGACCUUCUCCUGCCCUCAUUUCCCCUGCCUAAGGCAGAAGUCUAAUCUGAUUGUGGGUCAAAAGACCCUCAUUCCAGAGAGAGUCCUGCCCCAUACCUUAGAAAAGGGAAUGCUGUCCAGGGAGGCCAAGGAAAGUCUGAAUAGACAGGGAUUGCUGGAUUUAGAUUAGGUGCUUUCUGUCCAAUUGCAUUUCUACAUGGUUGCAAUCAUGCCUAUGUAAUGAAACCUCCACAAAACCCCCAAAAGACAUGGUUUGAAGAACUUCCAGAUAGCUGAACGUGUGGAGGUUCCUGAAGGGUAGUAUGCUGGGGAGGGCAUGGCAGUUCCACACCCCUUCCUAUACUUUGUCCUGUGCAUCUGUAUCCUUUGUGAUAUCCCUUAUAAUAAAUUGGUAAACAUA